AUGGACAUUUCGGACAAAACGGAAGUAACAGGAGAAAUACUUCAUAAAGACACUUUUCAGUGUCUUUUCGAUCUUGAGUCAGUAUGUUGUAAAGAAGAUUCUAUGGAAGAUGAAGAUCUUGAUUAUCAACCACCUUAUGAUCCUUCGACUGGUGAAGAAAAAUUAAAAGAACAAAUAACAGCUUUGAACAAUUUUCUUUCUGCCUGUGACAGUAAAAGAAAAGUAAAUGUGACAACAUAUCACCCCGGAGCGGUUUUGAAGGGAAGGUGUUCGGUGAAUAAAAUUUUAUUCACCGAACACCUUCCAUUCAAAACCGCUCCGGAGUGAUGUAAUUUACGGUCAUAAAAUAAAUUUUCAUUUUGAUUAUACAAAGUGGUGAAGUAACAAUAUAUAUAACACAUAGCAAACCUUGGAAAAAAAUUUUCUAAAAGUCUAAUGCAUAAGAUUGGUAUCGUUAGAAAGAGGGCAAAAAACUGAGUAUUGUGCUAGAAUAUGAGCGCGGGGUAUAGUGUAGUCCCAAGCAAAAGUUUUUAAAACAAAAUUCCCUGCAGGAAGAACUUUUUUGUUCCUUCUUCAGUUUUUUCUUUCGUUCUGUCAUACGCGUAUACACAAAUAUAUAUAUAUGAACGACAGAACGACAAGAAAAAAAUUCUGUAUAUAUGUUCACAAGAGUGUAUAAAAUUCUUCACGAUGAUAAUUCAUAAUUGAAAUAUUAUUUAAAGAUUUAAUUAUAUAAUAAAAAUUUCAUAAAUUCUGAGCAUUAAAUUAGUUUUGAAAUUCCAUGAUUUAUUAAACGAAUAAAAUAUUUUUUAAUAUCUAAAACGUUCUUAUACUGAAUUUAUCUUGAAAAAUCUUUUUUUUAUUUCUUUUUCUUAAAAUAUUCCAUACGUAUAUGACACUCAAUUCAAUGAGUUAGAAGAAGCUUCACUUUUUCAAGCUGCAUCAAUCUGUCUACUGUUCGUCAUGUCUAUUAAAUUUUAUGAAAAAAGAUUAUGUUCCUGGUGAAUAAAAUUAGCAUAUUCGGAUUCAGCGUG